AGCCAUCGUGCUGAACGGAAUUCGUUUGGAAAGAGAUGACGAUUUCAUUUCGUAGCAUCAUAAUGGUUUUCGCUAUUGGUAACACUCUCCUAGAUUCGGUUUCCUUUUCCAUGUGGCAUGGUGUCGGCGUAAGGUGAGCCAAGAUGCAGAUUUUCGUCAAAACCCUAACGGGUAAGACCAUCACUCUUGAGGUCGAGCCCUCCGAUACUAUCGAAAAUGUGAAAGCCAAGAUCCAGGAUAAGGAGGGAAUCCCCCCUGACCAGCAGAGAUUGAUCUUCGCGGGUAAACAGCUGGAAGAUGGCCGCACACUGUCAGACUACAACAUCCAGAAGGAGUCCACACUCCACCUGGUGCUGCGCCUGCGUGGUGGCGCCAAGAAGCGCAAGAAGAAGAAUUACUCCACCCCCAAGAAGAUCAAGCACAAGAAGAAGAAGGUCAAGCUAGCAGUACUCAGGUUCUACAAGGUUGACGAGAACGGCAAGAUCCACCGUCUUCGCCGCGAGUGCACGGGCGAGCAGUGCGGCGCCGGCGUGUUCAUGGCCGUCAUGGAGGACCGCCACUAUUGCGGCAAGUGCCACAGCACGAUGGUCUUCAAGGACGACGAUAGACCCUAAGCUAGAUUAAGACCAAUCUACUCAGACUGCUGUGUAUGAUGGAUUUGUAAUAAAUCUUGACACAGUGUCCGAGUUA